CGCCGCGCCCUCCAUGCGCCGAGGCGCGCCCCGAGGCAGCCGGGGGCCCGCGCCGAAGCCGCCGCCCGCGCUGAGCCCCGGCCCGGCCCGCGGCCCGCGCCCGGCGGCAGCAUGAGCCAGGCCGAGCUGUCCACCUGCUCGGCGCCGCAGACGCAGCGCAUCUUCCAGGAGGCCGUGCGCAAGGGCAACACGCAGGAGCUGCAGUCGCUGCUGCAGAACAUGACCAACUGCGAGUUCAACGUGAACUCGUUCGGGCCCGAGGGCCAGACGGCGCUGCACCAGUCGGUCAUCGACGGCAACCUGGAGCUCGUGAAGCUGCUGGUCAAGUUCGGCGCCGACAUCCGCCUGGCCAACCGCGACGGCUGGAGCGCGCUGCACAUCGCCGCUUUCGGCGGCCACCAGGACAUCGUGCUCUAUCUCAUCACCAAGGCCAAGUACGCGGGCGGCGGCCGGUGAUGCCGGCGCGGACCCCGACCGGACCCGCGCGCGGGCCCCGCGCGUGUCCUCCCUGCUGUACCUCCCCAACUACCUCGGUGUGCGCCCGGCCCUCGGCGCCCGCGGCCACCAGCGUCCGGCGCGCACGUCGGUGCCCACGGGGGCCGCGCCCGCCCGCCCGCCCGGGGUCGGCGCCCCCCGCGGCCGCCGGGGACCGGCCGGAGCGCUUCCCACGGCCCCGCCCGCCGCGGCGCGGGUGGGGGCGGGGCGCGGGCUCCAGCCCCUUUGAAAUUUGAGUCUCGCUACCAGCAAGUUCGGAAUCCCGAGACACCGGAUCCUCGGCUCACAGUGUUCUCCCGAAGGUGGGAGGACCCGUGGCCGACGCGCGACGGAGACGCCCCGCCGUUCCCGGGGUGCUGAACUAUUUAUCACGUGUGUGCAUAUCUGCGGGUGAUGUUCGUGCGCCUGAUUUUUUUGUUUGGGAAACACUGUGCGUGGUCAGUGUGGUUAUGGGGGGAGGGGGGAGAUGAAGUUGUUGCUGUUGUUGUUUGCUAGUCUUAAAACUAAAAACUUGAGUCUGUCAUUUCUUGGUUGCACUGAAAAUACCACCCAGCCUGAUGGUUUCCCGGCGCUGCUGCGUCUCUCUCCGGCUUCUCUUCCUCACCUCUGUCCUCUCCUCCCCGCCCUCCCCUCUCUCUCUCUCACUCACACACACAAUUCCGCGUGAGUUUUGGAAGCCCCAGGCCCCCGUCCUCCUUGUCCGGCGAGAGGCCACCGUCCCCCAAGCCUGCCGGUUUGCAGAGCUUCCGCGGGAGCCUGGGUGCUCGGGUGUGGCGGUGAUGGGGGCGUGGGGGUCAAGCCUUUUCUAGUGAGUUCUAUUAUAGUUAACAGUCGAUUGCACACUUUUUUAAAAAAAGUAAAUGGAUUUGCCACGAUUAAAUGUCAUAACAUUUAUGACAGAAUAUAAAAUAUUAACAUAUUUUAAGCCAAGUUUUAGGUGUAUUUUUUGAAUCUUGGUUAUAGACCCAAUUUUAAAGGGCGUUGUAUCCAGUGUUGUGAAGGCAACUGUACCCAUAUUUAUAUUUUUAUAAAAUGCCUAUAAGACUGUGAAUCUCUUGUGCUAAUUGCCGAGUGAGCUGAAGGGCCGCUUUGCCCCUCUUCAGCCUCCCGGAGCUGCAAGGACCCGAUUCGAAUCCGAAAAUCCUGCCACGGGGGAGGGGCCGCCGGGAGGGGCCGCGCGAGGGACCUGGGACGGAGGCGGUGCUUCUGCGUCACUUUCUGUCCCGAAAGGCGCCCUUCCUGGUCUCCGAGGUUCCAAUUUUCUAUGCAACCCCACACCCCUUGUUGUUUUGAUCCUGAGAAAUAAAAGGGAGGCUGAAUUAUUCAAAUUUAAAUGAGGCUUCCCCUGGGUAGAAGUGCUGCUGACCCUUCGUGCAAAAAUGGGGAGCACUUGAGGACACAGGUGGGUGGAGGCCCUUUGUGUGUGGCUGGUCAGAUUUGGGCAGUCAUCUGUGGCUUUUUAUAAAACCUUGUGUGAGAAGAAUAUAUUGAUAAUGUCAGUGAAACAAGCAGACAUUGAAACUGAGGCACAGAUUACUCCAAAAGGAGUUUUUCUGUAUAUUUUUUCUAGAUGCAAAUACCUUUUUAAUUAUGUUAAUUAAUGUUAAGACUUUCUAGGCUUACAUGGAAGCUGUGUGUGGGUCCCGGCGUGAUCACUCCUAACUGGAUGAAGUCUGCAGCACAUUCCUGAGUGUACGAUAUAGACUUGUAGCCCAGCGUGAAAAAUUUAUAAAUAAAUUUUUCAUUGA